UCUAUUGAACAAGAAAAUAAGAAUGAUAAACAUUACAUCCUCAAGAAUAUUAUUUUGUGUCUUUGGGAGGGGGAGAGAGAGAGAGCGAGCGAGAGAGAUGGUUCUGUUUGGUCCGUUUAGUUGGAAGACUCAAAGUGGCAAUCGAAUCACUAUAUUUGGAGCCUUUUUCACUUUCCCUCUUAUAGGAUAUUCUCUUUGGCAGUAUUAUAGUCAACCAGGGAAAGAUACUCAAAGACAAGUUUCUACGAAUGGUUUAAGGCUAGAAGAUGAUGAAGUGGAUGGACUAGUUGACAACUCUCAGUCUUGGAAGGAUUCCGAUACAAGUUUAUUGAAAUAGUUGUAUUCAUAUACCGAUAGUUUGCUAAUUAUAGUUGUGUUCAAGUUAGUUACUUUGCUUGUUUUUGAUUAUAUUAUGAUUCUUAUGAAAACACUAUAUAUGGAUAUCAUAAAGACAGGUCCUUUUCUAUGAUUGUCA